ACGCCACUGACUUGUGGGUCCCACACGUCAGCCAGGUCACCGCGAGGUUUAUCUCCAAUCCCCUCCCGCCGCCGCCGCCGCCGCCACCAUCGCCGGCGAGGCAGAGCAAGCACGCGAGAUCCCACCAUGGCAUCGUCGUCGUCGUCGGCGUCGGCCGUAGCCGAGGUGGAUGCCACGAAGAAGGAGGCGGAGGCGGAGCAGCAGGAGCAGGUGGUGAACCCGUGGGAGGUGUCGGCGGGGAAGGGCGGGAUCGACUACGACAAGCUGGUCGACCAGUUCGGCUGCCAGCGCCUCGACGACGCGCUCGUCGCCCGCGUCGCGCGCCUCACCGCCCGCCCGCCGCACCGCUUCCUCCGCCGCGGCCUCUUCUUCGCCCACCGGGAUUUGAACGAGAUACUUGAUCUGUAUGAGCGAGGGGAGAAGUUCUACCUCUACACGGGGAGGGGGCCCUCGUCGGAGGCGCUUCACCUCGGCCAUCUCAUCCCCUUCAUGUUCACUAAAUAUUUGCAGGAUGCUUUCAAGGUGCCUCUAGUGAUACAGCUAACUGAUGAUGAGAAGUUCUUAUGGAAGAACUUGACUGUUGAGGAAACUAAAAGGCUUGCCCGUGAAAAUGCGAAAGACAUCAUAGCAUGUGGAUUCGAUAUUGAAAGGACUUUCAUUUUCUCUGAUUUUAAUUAUGUUGGAGGUGCUUUUUAUCAAAACAUGGUUAAAGUUGCCAAACGGGUGACGUUAAAUCAGGCUACUGGAAUAUUUGGAUUCAGCCCAGAGGAUCAUAUAGGAAAGAUUAGUUUUCCUCCCGUGCAAGCUGUUCCAUCAUUCCCUUCUUCAUUCCCCCAUCUCUUCUCUGGCAAUGACCAACUACGGUGCUUGAUCCCAUGUGCAAUAGACCAGGAUCCUUAUUUCAGGAUGACCCGUGACGUUGCUCCAAAACUUGGUUACCAGAAACCAUCACUAAUUGAAUCGAGAUUUUUCCCUGCUCUUCAGGGGGAGAACACGAAAAUGUCUGCCAGUGAUCCAAAUUCUGCAAUAUAUGUAACAGACAGUGCUAAAGAAAUAAAGACAAAGGUGAGUAAAUAUGCCUUCUCAGGUGGCCAGGACUCGAUUGAGCUCCAUAGAAAACUUGGAGCUAACCUUGAUGUGGAUGUUCCAAUUAAGUAUCUAAACUUCUUCCUUGAAGAUGAUGAUGAGCUUGAGCAUGUAAAGAAGGAGUACAAGGAAGGAAGGAUGCUGACCGGUGAAGUGAAGCAGCGCCUUAUUGCGGUUCUAUCCGAACUGGUUGCAAGACAUCAAAGAGCUAGAGCCCAAGUGACUGAGGAGAUGGUUGAUGCAUUCAUGGCAGUGAGACCCCUCCCCAAUAUGUUUGGCUGAGUCUGAUGCGAAAAACGGCAUGGAGAUAUCUGGAAGCAGCAUUCGUGUGUUCCAUGAUUUAUUUUUAGGCUGGCCACCUAUCGUAUAUUGGUGGUACACUUGAUUUUGCAAAUCAGUACAGGAUAAGUUUUAUCUUAAAGCCUGCUUCAUC